GUCACUUGAGCUGAGAACGGAAAUGCUGCCAGGGUCCCUGAAGAAGGAGGACACGCGGAAACAGGUAAAAACCAUUUUGCUUUUAUUUUGCAUUUGACAAGCAAGUUAUGGAACAGCGAUGGGCCAGACAUACCUCCCAGAGCUGGGGACACAGCGGGGACCUCCCUGGCUCUCUCUUACCUGUGUUACAACAGGUUGUAGACAGACCCCUGUCUUGAGUAUCCACCUUGCCAGGCCUGGUGAAUUUCCGAGCAGUAGGGUAAGUUAUUGGAUGCCCAGGAGGGAAGAAGGAGCCAGGGAGGCUGGCCCCAAGAUUCUGCAAGGCCCUCAACAAGGCAGAGCUAAGAAGGUCUGGACAGCAUGGCCCUGUCCUGAGCCUCUGUGCAUAAUGACUGCUCUCCCUAACCUCCACCCCACCCUCAGCUGCCGAGACCAUCUUCCAAUUCCUGGGCCUGGGGCCCUACUCCUGUGCUCCAGAGACUCCUGGAGCUCCUUAAGGCAGCCCACAGCCCUGCUCUGGAGGUACCCGUCUCCUGCUCGUGCUGGGAUACUCCAGCCCAUCCCAGAGGAGGGUAUGGCUAGAGGGUGCUGGCAGAGCAGGCACAAUGGCCAAGCUCCUGGAGGCAAGUCUCAGCUGCAUGGAUUGGAGUCUAGUCCUUGUCAUAGGUUCCCUUGUUACCCCUUAGGGAACCUUAAGGGGAUUUCAAAGAGCACUGGCCCUGCAACCCUGCAAAGGUUUUUAUGCAACAUAUAA